AUGUGCAUCGUCCUCGUCACAACCGCACAUCCACACUACUCCCUCAUCAUCAUCGACAAUCGAGAUGAAUUCAUUCUACGACCGACGAGUCGACCGCAUUGGUGGACAUCGGGAGAUCAUGAAAUUCUGUCAGCGCGAGACCUGCAAAGGGCGGAACAAGGAACUUGGAUGGGUAUAACAAAGGCGGGAAAAUUCGCAGUCUUAACGAACUACCGCGAAACCGAUACGCAUGAUGCAGACCAUCCAGUGCAAGGAGCUAGGAGUCGGGGUGGAAUGGUAACAGCAUGGCUCGAAAGCCCAACAGAAGAGGAUAUCCAGCAUUUCGUGAAACGACUGUUAGACGAUGGUGUGGCGGAUGUUGGCGGCUUCUCUCUGCUUUGUGGAAACCUGAGGAAAACCAAGCAAUCGGAAAAUCAAAUCGAGCCUCUAGCAAUAAUCUCGAAUCGAUGUGGCUCGUCUGACGAUGUACCUUGGAUCGGAAAGCAAAGGGGCGAAGUUUACGGAUUAAGCAACACCGUCUAUGACGAUCCUGAAACAUGGCCGAAAGUAAAGAUGGGCAAAGAGAAGGUGAUGGACGUGAUUGAAGACGUGGUCAAGAAUGCUCUCGGGGAAGAGGAAUUGGUCAGGAAGCUGUAUGAUGUCCUCGAUACCGACACUCUCCCGAAACAGGAAGGCCAGGACUUCGAAGACUACAUCUAUCAGCUUCGACAUUCCAUUUAUAUCCCUCCGAUUGGAAACGAAGAAUCCAAAGACGUCCCGCGCGCGGAUGAAAUUGCUUCAGCACAACCGGAAGUCAUCAAUGGGAAUGGGCACGCAGAACAUCACACAGCCAUCAACAACGCGCAGGGUAGGUUAGCAGCAGUGUUGCAGGCCACUGAACGACCGACCCCUCCACCACAAGCACCCAUGACUGGUCUAUAUGGAACCCAAAGACAAACAAUAAUUCUUGUGGACUGGGAAGGAAAUGCUUCUUUUAGGGAACGAUCGUUAUGGGAUCCCAAGGGCCACCCAAUUCAGCGAGGAUAUGGGGAUAUGAAAUUUGAAUUUAAGAUCGAUGGCUGGAAUAGCUGA